UCCAAAGGAGGGGAACCUCAUGUGAGGAGCCGGACACGACACGUCCCACGCCACAACCUCCACGCUGUUUUUCAUAGCGUGUGUGUGUGGAAGGUGUUGGAGGAAGGGGACAACUUUGAUCCGAGGCCAAGUGUGUGUGUGAGUGUGUGUGCGUGUGCGUGUGUGAGUGUGAGUGUCCUCCCUUCCUUGAGAACGAUGACGGUGAAGGCUGGCGAAGACACAUGAUGUCCCUUUUGUCCUUUUCUGCUCUUUUUCUCACAUUCCCUCUCUCGCAAUUCGCCAUUCGCGUCUGAAUGUGACGAAGCGCAUUGUUGUUUCCACCUCCUCUUUUUUUUUGUAUGUGGGAUUUCCAGUCGCGAUGUCUGCUGCAACAUUUGGUUAUUUGUUCCUGGUUCUACUCAGUCCGCUGUCAGGGGGCGCCCAGACAGAGAUGAAGAAGGUUGUUGGGGACAACGCCACCUUGCCAUGCCACCACCAGUUCCAAUCGUCCAGCUCUAUUGAUAUCGAGUGGCUCCUGCAGAAACCAAAUUCCAAACAGAAAGUGAUCAUUACGUUCUUCGGCGGCCAUGUAUACACCAACGAGGCCACGAACACCGAUGCCAGCCGUCUGUCCUUUGCCGGGGAGUACCUGGGGGGCGACGCCUCCCUGCUGAUCAGUGACCUGCUGCUGACUGACUCUGGAGAGUACUACUGCAAGGUCAAAACCGGGGGGAAGUAUCACUGGAGCCAGGUCAACCUCAUUGUGCUGGUGAAGCCCUCGAAGCCCAGAUGUUGGAUGGAUGGCAAGCUCCUGGAAGGCAGCGACGUCAAACUGAGCUGCAAGUCCAGUGACGGCUCCGACCCCAUCAACUACAAAUGGGAGCGGGUGUUGGACAAAGGCAAGAGUCUGGGCAAGCUGCCAAACCUGGCGCUGAUAGAUCUGAAGAACCCAGAGAUCGUCACCCUGAGGAACCUCACCAUGGACAGCACAGGUGUCUACAGGUGCACGGCCAGCAAUGAUGUGGGAGAGGAGAACUGCACCAUUGAGGUCACCAUGCAGCAUGUGAGGGAUGUUGGUAAGGUGGCCGGUGCCAUGGUGGGAAUCUCUUUGGGCGUGCUCAUCGUCAUAUUGAUCGUCUGGCUGGUCUUCCGAAAGAAAGAGAAGAAGAAGUACGAGGAAGAGGAGACUCCAAAUGAGAUCAGGGAGGAUGCGGAGGCUCCCAAGGCCAAGCUGGUGAAACCAAACUCCCUGUCCUCUUCUCGCUCCGGCAGCUCACGCUCGGGCGCCUCCUCCACCCAGUCAAUGGUGCACAACAGCGCCCAGCGUGGCCACCGCCCCCGCCCGCCUGCCGUGGCAGCGCUCAAGGAAAACGGGCAGCCUCCCGGCUAUCCCCAGUCACCUCAAGCCUACGCCACGGUGGUCCCUCCCAAGACCCCCGAGCCCCCUACCACUCCCAAAUACAACUCCAGGAAUGCGUCCGGGCCAACACCCCCUACCCUCAUGGUCCCCGCCCAGACCAAAGCCUUUCAGACUGUGUAAGACGGAAAGCUUGUUCCUACCUGCAGCCAUGCCAGACUCCCACCCCUUGAACCUGCACCCACCCUCCCAAAGACUGAAACUCUUCCAUAAACAAAGAAAUGCAACUAGUUAAAAGGAUGUAAUUAAAAAAUCAAUACUUUAAUUCCAAAAGUACUUCUAAUGAAUGCAUAUUUAAAAGGGAAAUAUGAAAUGCUUGCCCCCCGCUGAAUUCCAUGAGAACAGAGACUGGCUCUUGCCGGGCUAGCUGGAAGGACCCACUUGUCAAGUAUUUAUCUAAUCACAAUUUUAGGCAUGUAACAGAAAUUGGGCAAAAAAGGAGGAUGAAACAUUGAAAGACGGUUGAUAAAGUUGACCCAUGCCAUGAGAGACGAUGACGGCGGCUUCAGUUUUCUUGGAUUCUUCCAGCACCUGCUCCGAAACCCCAUUGGACUCCCGUGUGUGUAUGUGUGUGUGCAUCACCCAACCUCUGGAGCCCUCAUGGAACCUCCUCGGACUGACUCAUCUGACUGAACGGCCCACGUGCUCCACCACCAGCAGGGCAAUCUUCAGGUAUAGAGAUGAAACAAGCGCCGAGUGGAGUCUUCUACUUCUACGAGCACUCUUUUUCUGGGUACUGAACACCUUACUUCAAUUAACGUAGUAUACUUAUUAGGCCUAUAGACAGAUCAUGCUUCCGAUAUAGGGGAUAAGCAUCUAUUAGUGCAAUUUUGUUUAUCAUUGUGUAUCUUCUAGGGGUGUAACGGUAUCUCAUAAUCAUAGUUUGGUGUGAACCUCGGGUUUAAGGGUACGGCUCAGUUUUUUGUUUAAUAUAUUUUUUGGUACAGUUAGGGAUUCUUCUUGGCACUAUUGCUACAGAAAUUCCGGGCUGAACUUUAUUUGAGUAGAUACAUGACUAUAUUGGGAGGUAGUCCCUCACUUCAUGUGUACUGUGUGGAACUCAGUACGCUCGUGUACCGUACAAAAUGAUCCGUUCCAAAGAAAUCAGAUUAGCAAUCCAUGUACCGUUACACCUCUGGUCUUUUGUAUUCAGCUGGACAUAAGAAGAAGUGCCACCGAUCCGGAGAAUGGGUUCUUUUAUUUUCAUUUCAUUUUUCUUGAAUUGCUGCAUUUCAGAAGCCAAAACGUCACCAUGAAUGUGUGAUGGAUGAGGGAUGGAUGGCGUGGUUGUGGCUCCCUCUAAGGUACUGAGUCAAUAUACACUAAGGGCCUGAUCUACUGAAGUUUUGCGUGUAUAAAAACACAUGAAAACCUGAUCUCAAAUGUUUAAAAUAGCAUCUGCAAUCCAUUUUGCAAACUUGAAUCCUGUUUGCGGUCAAUAUUUUUACAUCUAUGUAUAUUUUGCACCUUUGAUAGGCAGGUGCAAACUGGCACAAAUGGCUGCAGUCACUUAUGGCGAGAAGGAGACAUAGCUGAUGACAGAUGACGGUGACAAUCUUCCAUGCGUGUAUCAACAUAUUUGGAGUAUCAAAAAAAGAAUCAGAAGAGACUGCAUCCUCUUACGUCUGGAUCAUUGGAGCUGUCCAUUGCAUUGAUUAGAUUAGAUUCAACUUUAUUGUUAUUGCUCAUGUCACUGGUACAGGGCAACAAAUUGCAUUGGUGCAAUAGUAUUAAUUUUAGUGUGGAUUUUAGUAAUAUGCAAGGACAUAGCCCUAUAUGAGUAUAUGUAUUUUCAUAUAUCAUAACCCGAUUACUAAGCAAUGUUGUCUGGGGCUAUAUGCCCCUGGUAGGGUCUCCCAAGGCAAACAGGUCUGAGGUGACGGAACAGACCAAGAGUGAUUCAGUGAUUCAGAAGACACUUAUAAUGACAACAAAGAGGAGGAAUCGCACCUCGCCCGGAUGUGGAAUCCUCCUCACCCUGGAGCCAGGCCCGGGGGAGGGGAAGUCUGGGCUUCCCAACUGAGACUGCUGCCACCUCGACCCGGAUAAUGGAAAAUGGAUGGCUGGAUAACCAGAUUACAUGUAAAUAUCAUUAUUUAAUAGGUUGUAGUGUGAAACAUGUAUAUUAAAUAUAGCGCUAUUAUGAUGAUGCAGUGUCUUUUCUGGACUUCACUAGUGUGUUUAUUCACAUCCUCCACCAAGUCCCUAGCUUUCCACGUAAUAUUUUGUUUACAUUUUUGUUUACUGUUGUCCCGAAAUCUCCAUGGUGACAGCUGGUGGCAGAUGCAAAAUUCUCAAUUCUCACCACUUAAAAAAUGACGCAUUAAAUUAUGGUAAUAAUAGUAAAAGUAUGUGGAUUUUUUUUUUGUUUUUUGUUUUCUGACUCAAUUUAGCACUUGUUCUUUGGGAUUUUAGUAGAUCAGGCCCUUUGAAUCAUUUCACUGCAUUUGUGGUAGACGUGAAGGCGAAAAGAAUGAAAGUAGGAUGAGUGUGGGAGAGGGUGUAUGCUAUCAUUGUCUCUGUGGAUCCAUAACAAUGGAGUGGCACUUGAUGGUUCCUCUUGGUUAUUGGUCCGUCUGUGCUAUCAGCCGAUUCUCCCUUUGUCACGUCGUCACACAUACCCAGUGCAGUUUGAUUGAAAGUAGCUGAAAAAAAUAGGGCAAGUAGCCUAUCUAUCUAGUGUGCCUUUGCAAUCCCGUAUCCUUUCGCUUUUUUUUGUCUUUAUCUCACUCUGCUUAGAAGGUCAAUAGCAGCAAAUAUUGACCCAGCUUCAAUAACUUGGCCUCGGAGGCAGCCCAAAGCGAUGGGUGGGUAGGGCGGGGUGAGGAGUACAUAGCAGCGUCCAAUCCCAUGCCACGGGACAAUGUACUGUACAUUCUGUAAUCAGUCUUGUUUUUGUAUUGUACAUACAGAUAGAUAUAUGCACAUGAUGUCAAUGAAUUUAACAAAUAAGGGUAGACAUGCUCCAGAACACUGUUCACAGUCAAAUGGAAGACCCAAAGGUGAUUUUAAUCAUGUUACAUAGUGUUCUAAGUGAAUAAGGGACAGGAAAAUAGCAAGAUAUGCCAACCUUGCACCCCGCUGACAGGAACAUAUCAACGCAAACGCAUUGCGUUUAAGUGAAGUGACCCUUGACCCCCGGUUUUGCAAGAUGAAUCUGUUGCUUUACCAUUUGACGACCUGUCUGACUGAGAUUUUGUGAUUGGAUCAAUAUUAGAAAAGGCAAUAAACUGUUUCAAUGCAAUGUAGCAUGACACGCGAGACAAUAUGAGCAACAGUGGAACCUCCAAAGUGGAACACCAUCCAACUUGCUGUUUCUUCCCAUUUAAAAAUAAAUGUUCUCAUUGAGCUGAUUAAGGUAAUUCUAACUAAAAUACUAAUCAGUCCCCCCCCCAAAAAAAGGCAAAAAAAAGGUGAUCUCCUAUAGACGCUUCUCGACACCCAUUUUAUCCAAGAGGAGACUCAGGGCUCCAGCAAAGUAGAUAACAUAACAACAACAUAAGGAGACACAUUUUAUCCAAAAGUGAUUGAGGGCAGCAGGGAAGCUUAACUGCAUCUAAAAAGUGUAUCCAAGAGGAGACUUCAGGCAGCAGGAAAUGGUAGACUGCAGCAAAGUAGAGACUGUACAUGAAUUCUAUCCAAAAGGAGACUUAGCACAGCAUUUAGCAUGUAGCAUUUCCCCCAAGUGGAUGCUGUGACAAAGAGACAAAUGUUAUCCAAGAAACGAUUGAGGGCAGCAGGAAAACAGAGUUGUAUCUGAAAACUUUAUCCAAAGGGAGACUCUGGGCAGGAGGUUAUCGUAGCACUGUAUGUCAAGCCGACCAAUUCUAUCCAAACAGAGACUAAGGAGAGCAAAAGAAGUACAGAAAAUGUAGCACGUCCCCAAAGCGGAUGCUGUGAAGAACGAUGCUGUACGUACAUCAAGUAGACAGAUUGUAUCCAAAAGGAGAUUGAUGGAGGCAGGAAAACUGCAUGAAAGUGGACACUGUGGAGUAUAAUGCUCCACAUUAAGGAGAUAAAUUGUGUCCAAAAGUUGCACAGCUGCACAGUAAGGAAGACAGAUUAUAUAAUGCUAAAUUGUGUCCAAAAGGAGACCGAGGGCAGCAGGAAAAUGUAGCACUAUAGCCAAAUAGAGACUAUUGAGUAUAGCCAUGCACAUUAAGGAGGCGGGAUUUAUUCAACAGGAGACUAAGGGCAGUGCAGAAAAAUGUAGCACUGCAGUCAGGUUGAGAUUGCUGCACAGUAAGGAAGACAAAUUGUAUCCAACAGCAGACUGGGGCAGCAGGAGACUGUGGAGUAUAAUGCUGUAUUGUGGAGACUGUGGAGUAUAAUGCUGUAUUGUGGAGACUGUGGAGUAUAAUGCUAUAUUGUGUCCAAAAGGAGACCAAGGGCAGCAGGAAAAUGUAGCACUACAGCCAAAUAGAGACUAUUGAGUAUAACGCUGCACAUUAAGGAGGCGGGAUUUAUUCAAGAGGAGACUGAGGGCAGUGCAGCAAACUGUGGAGAAUAGCACUGCCAAAUUCAGGCAGAGCUAAGGCAGAGCAACUCGGCCAGCUGACGUUAGCAUGUGUGAUUACGAGUGAGCUGCAUUGAUAUCGACCAACUGGGCUUAGUUCAUGUUUGACUUUGGAGGUUCCGCCACACGGGCCUUUAGUCUUGUUGUGGAAAAUGGCAGAUGUAACACAAGAUAAAGCGAUUGAAACGCUAAAUCACAAAACAAAAGCAAUCUCAUUUCACAACGUGGGACAAGGGAGGAAAAUAUGCCUUUAAUAUUCAACUCCACUUCAUAUCUGACCAAGCUUACUUAUGUGAGAGUGAGUGCAUGUUAGUGAAAAUGCGUGAGUGUGUACGGUGUGUGUGUGUGUGUGUGUGUGUGCAUGUUAAUUCAGUGUAUGCCCUCGAACCACACCCACACACUCCACUGUCGGCCAUGGAGUGGGCGAGAGGUGAGGGGACCAAGGCUUUGUUUAAUAAUGAUAUGAAUGCAGACUGGCAGCAUUUCUUUUCAUUGACCCAUAAGCCAGUUGAAGCUGGCCUCAAAGGCGGCGGCCAUGUUGGAAUCUUGAGUCAUGUACAUAAUUCAUACUGUUGGUGCCCUCCUUGCUUGUGCGGAUCCAUAAAUAAGAGCAUACGCACGUGCAAACACUAUACAGUUUGCAUGUGGACAAAAGUGUUGAGACACUCAUGAAUUAUAGAGUCAUAUAAUGAAAGUACACAGCUGACGACAGGUACAUUGGUACAUUGCAAUGGAAUAUACUGAAAACUAACAAUGUUUUUUUUCGUGAUUUUAGGGAUUUUGCAUCAAUGUCCAUGUAGUUGUGUAAUCAUGCCUAUCGAUAUUUUAAUAGACAAUUUAUAUUCAUACUGGGUUGGGUGACAUGAAAUUUCUGAAUUUCCCUGACUUUGUCCCAGUUUGCUGGCACACAGUAUUAAUCUUCCCAGUAUAUCUUUGCCAAUUAAGUACUAGGUUAGGCUCUUUUAAUGUGCACCAGUUCAUAAAGCCAUACAUAUUUGUUACAGCAACUGUGCAUUUUCCUACUUUUUAAAUGACACCCAAUGGGACAUAAAUGUCAUUUGUGGCGCCCCCUAUGGGUUGGCCAAAAAUGCUUUGAAAGAAACGAUCACAUACAGGAAAUGUAUUGCAGAAGAUGACUUAUGGACAAUUACUUUUGGUGUGUAUUUUGGCCUCUAUGUAUUUUUUCUUGCUCAAAUUUUACCAAAAAAUUUUGUGUGUACCAAAUUUUGUUGUGAUCUGACUAAGCACCCUAAAUUAACUCAUUCAAUCCGCUAUCACCGAUUGCAACUUAUUUUUCACGGCAUACACAAUAUUGCGUCCCACGGCUAUAUAAACAUAAAUAAAAACGUAUUUUGGUUAACUUUGUACACGCUACACUCCGUGUUCUUCCGAGUGUGUUAAUACAUGCAAACGAUCCAUAACGAGCUCUUAUCAAACACACUUCUGCCACCUAGUGGCCGUAUUUAUGGCUUAAAACUGAAGUGAUAUCUAUUAGAGUGCAGUUGAGUCGACACCUCUUUAUGCCUCUUGCGCACAUUUGGGAUUGAAUGAGUUAAAAGCGGAUGUUUUUGUGGUGAGAAAUUUCAAGUCAGUACGAUUGUGGUUAAAUAAUAGCACCACCGUGUGGUGUAUUUGUCCGAUAAGUCAUAGCACAGACAACACAGUCUAUUUGACUAUUUUCACCCCAUGUGUACGGCGGUUCAGGAGUAGAAGCUUACAUAAAAAAAUACUGUCAGUGUAAAUCAAGGUGUCCCAAUGCUUUUGUCCAUAUCUAACAUUUCCACAACACAGAGAGAUAUAUAGUCUGCAUAAAUAAGAGCCUAAGCAGCACCUUGAGGAUCUUUUUUUGAUGGAUUGUGUGUCAGAAAAUGUACAUUUUAGUGCAAAAGCAUACAGGAAACUACACACACUCAAACAGACAGACAGCCAUUGCAUCUUAACAGUUCUCCAAGACAGGAAUCUGUCAGAGCUCCGAGAAUCAGGAGGAGCUCCUUCUUAACGCGAUUGAUAUCGAGCCAGGGCUUGUGAGCCAUUGAAAUUCCCUCCACUGCCAAUGAAAGCAACAAUGGCGGCGGCAGUGGCGGUGGCGGAGAGAAGGGAUGCAAGAUGUCUUCCAAGGCAUUUCACACAUUUCUAUGAACAGAUUUCCACUAUUAUUAGUAUUAUUUUUUUUUGCCAGCUCUGCAAACAAUCACUCAUGUUCUGGAAAAGUAUUCCAUCGACAAUAUACAUGUGUUGUCUUAUCAUCAACACUGUGUGCAGUAAGCCAUGUUAGCGUUAUCUUGUGUUGUAUGAUAGAUCAUGUCGUCACAAAUGUUUUUUUUUAAGUUUUUAAGUUUUAAAUGUUUUUAUUUUCUAGAGAUGCUCAAACAUUUGGGCAUUCGGAAUGUGAUGAGUGGGUGCAGAAGCGGACGCGAAGGGACCUGCAUGUCAUACGAAACUGAGCUAAUGAAUGGGAAUGCUUUGCUUUGUUGUAACAUACAUGUAUUUGGAUAAGGAAUUUAAAAAAAUCUAAAUAAAUCUACAAUUGUAAAUAUAUUCACAAAUACA